UUUUGAUAUAACAAACAACAGACUUGACAUUACAUGCUAAGUCUUUAGAGUUAGACAUAUCGAGUUCAAUAAUACGGCUUGUAUCACGGACAGCUCAGUCCUCGUCUGAUAAUCUUUAUUUAGUGUUCAGCCCACCCAUCUGAGGUCUGUGCGGAAACGGAGCAAGCGCGUAACAAAAACUAAGAAACAGGAAGCGCGUUUUUGGAUCUUUCGCGAGUCUGCUGACGAGAAAACACACACAAACAACUAUGGCAAUGCCGAUGCCGACAGCACCUCCGAUGGAGAACUCGACCCUUGUGGGACACCCGCCUCCUCCAUCAUACGAUGAGGUUUCAGGCGCAAACCCUUAUUAUCCAGCAGGCCCUUAUCCUCCAGCGGACAUGAAGGCAUCUGGCCCUCCUCCAUACCCGACACAAGAAUACAGUCAGAUGUACCCACCGACCGCACAAGGACAACCUGUAACCAGUCCCGUCGCCGUCCAGACAGUGUAUGUUCAGCCUGGUCUGGUGUUUGGAAACGUCCCAGUUCAGGCUCACUGCCCAGUGUGUUCACAGUCCGUCAUCACUCGUCUGGAGUACUCCUCAGGACCACUAGUCUGGCUCUCCUGUGCAGGACUGGCCGUUUUCGGCUGCAUCUACGGCUGCUGCCUGAUUCCGUUCUGCAUAGAGGACCUGAAGGACGUCACGCACCACUGUCCAAACUGCAGCAGUGUUUUAGGGGUGCACAAGAGAUUCUGAAAUCCCCCCAGAGCCGUGAAACGCACCUACUGUGUAUUUAUGAAGGAAGGAAGUUACAACGAAUUCAUUCUUAAGAGUAAGAGUCGAUUCACCAAUCUGUGCCACUCACAAACUGACAUGUAAUCAUACAUACACAGUCAAACAUGCACAUUUACAGCUAUGAGGGACAAAUAAAUAUAAAGUAAAUAAGAGCACUUGGAAAUUAUCAGUUUGUGGUAUUUGCGAAGUAGAAAGCAUAAGAUUUUUGUUUUGACCUGAAAACUGAUGACAUUUGUACAUUAUUUUAGAAAAAUGCGCAAUUCAUAGCAUAAAUUGACAGUUGGUCAAC